AUGAACUCAGCGCCCCCUGCAGGCAGUGCUUUAUCCACUCCAGCGGGUGGAUUGGGCCCAACCACGCCCAAAAAGGGCCCGCCCAAAUUCAAACAAAGACAGACACGAACAUUCAAGAGCAAGGCACCUAAACCUGGCCAGAAAGGGUUUGGUGAUGAUAUUCCAGGAAUGGAGGGCCUUGGCACAGAUUUCACGGUGGUGUGCCCUUGGGAAGCCUUCGGGGACAUGGAGCUCAGUGAUCUCGCCAAGUACGGCAUCAUUUAA